AUGACACUGUCUGCUGCAAAUUCUGAGACUCCAAAGCCAACCAUCUCCAGAGAGGCCAGCACCCAAUCCUCCUCAUCUACGACCAGCCAAGGCUAUGUUUUACCUGAAGGCAAAAUCAUGCCAAACACCGUUUUUGUUGGUGGAAUUGAUGUUAGGAUGGAUGAAACAGAAAUCAGAAGUUUCUUUGCUAGAUAUGGUUCAGUGAAAGAAGUGAAGAUAAUCACGGAUCGAACUGGUGUGUCCAAAGGCUACGGAUUUGUUUCAUUUUAUAAUGACGUGGAUGUGCAGAAGAUAGUAGAAUCACAGAUAAAUUUCCAUGGUAAAAAGCUGAAACUGGGCCCUGCAAUCAGGAAACAAAAUUUAUGUACUUAUCAUGUGCAGCAACGCCCUUUGGUUUUUAAUCCUCCUCCUCCACCACAGUUUCAGAGUGUCUGGAGUAAUCCAAAUGCUGAAACUUACAUGCAGCCUCCAACCAUGAUGAAUCCUAUUACUCAGUAUGUUCAGGCAUAUCCUCCUUAUCCAAGUUCACCAGUUCAGGUCAUCACCGGCUAUCAGCUGCCUGUGUACAAUUAUCAGAUGCCACCACAAUGGCCCACUGGGGAACAAAGGAGUUAUGUUAUUCCUCCGGUUUAUACAGCUGUUAACUACCACUGUAGUGAAGUUGAUUCAGGAGCUGAAGUGUUGACUAGUGAAUGCUCAGUUCAUGAAGCUACUCCAUCAACUGGAAAUGGCCCACAAAAGAAAUCUGUGGACCGAAGCAUACAGACAGUGGUGUCUUGUCUGUUUAAUCCAGAGAACAGACUGAGAAACUCUGUUGUUACUCAAGAUGACUACUUCAAGGAUAAAAGAGUGCAUCAUUUUAGAAGAAGUCGAGCAGUGCUUAAAUCUGUUUGA